UAUUUGAUGGAAUGUUUCAAAGUUUUUCAAGUAUUUAAGGGAUUACAUGAAAUGUUGAAGUCACAGUAGAAGUUGAAACACCAGCUUUUAUCAAUACGUGAAAAAUGAAAACUGCAAUUAAAUUCUUGAUCGUUCUUUUGAGCGCUUUCCUGCUUAUGGAUAUUGUUGCCUCGUAUAGUGGAAAUUUGCAUUCCAUUAAUAAGCGAAAUGCUCAAAUGCCUUCUCCUGAAGGAAUGGGUGAAGCAGCAAUGAAAGUUGCAGGAUCAAUGGGUGCAAAUAUGGGUGCUAGCGCAGGUGUAGGUGGUGGUGCAGGUGCUGGUGCAGAUGGCGGUGCUGGUGGUGGUGCAGGUGGCGGUGGCGGUGGCGGUGCAGGUGGUAAACCAGGUGGGGGCCCAAAAGGUGGCUCAAAACCAGCUGGAAAAUAACAAAAACACAACCAAAUGACUAUAAUUUAGGAUUUAUGAAUCAAGAUUUAAUGCACACAAAACUUGAACAAUAAAAAUUGUACAUAAUGCUUAA